AUGACCGUCUCGCACAUCCAGUACUUUGAUGAGCAAUGUAACGCGUACAUCGACUUGGACGACGAAUACAACUCAUGGAAUGACUUCAUGCUUCAAACGUACAAGCGAUUGAGCGUUCGGCAUGAGCCCAUGGCUGACGGCAUUGGAACUCGAUCCUUGAACCUCCCUCAGAAUGGAUCUGAACUAACCACGAUGAGCCGCACCGACUUGAAAGAUCAGGAUGGAUCUGCCAGUGACUUUUACGAGGGGGAGUCUGUGAAGCAGGAAGCUCAGAGCUUGACAACGUCAAAGCAAGAAUACGAAAGGUUAGCAAAUGCCGUGAUCACCGAGUGUGAGAGUACCGAACCGAAGAUGCUGGAUCUGGGAUUACGGAAAGAUACGAGCGAGAAUGAAGCAAGGCAGGCACUGAAGAAUGCGAUGAGGCUGCUCACAAAGCAUAACCUGAAAGUUACCUCAACGGUCUUCGAUGUCAACACUUUCACACGACUAUUCAGAAGGAAAGCUGCUCAGGUUGUCUUCUAUGGAAUCCAAACCAAUGCUGUUUGUGCAGCGUAUGCUUACGCUGCGUCCUUCAACAGGAUAGUGAAGAAGCUUACAGUGCCCAACAUACGGCGCCUUCACUCGUGUAUGGAGAGCGAGCUGACCAUUCGAUCAAGCUACCGCGCUGGGCUUGUGGAAGGCCUUCGCGUCAUCACGCCCCCGGUUUCCUCCUUCAUGUUCGAUCCCUCUCCGUGCUCGCAAACCACGACGGAGCUGGACGUUGAGAAGAGAAAGCAAUAUGAAGAUAUUGUGAACGAGGAAAGAAAGUUGGGUGAAAGCAGUCAAGAAGAUUUAGGAAAAGAGCAGCAAGAAAGACAAAUGCAGCGAAUGAAUGCGAUCAUCCUGCACGCAAAGAACGUCGGGGAAGAGGUGCUCAAGGAGAAUUUCCUGACGAUGCAUUGGCUGUUUCAGAACAUCAAGUUGUAUAAGGGCCGAAAAUAUCAUCUGUGGGGAGUCGAGAAGAAUCUGCACGCCUAUCGCAGGGGGAAGCGAGAUUCACACAUGGUCGACAUUCUCCGUCGGGGCAUCACUACCAAGAGGUGA